AUGAAUCGGCCGUUGGCGGUUUGUACUGCACACAUCCAUUGGGACCCAGAGCUGUGUGACGUUAAACUAGUGCAAACGAUGAUGCUUGUACAGGAGUUGGACAAAGUGCUGAAAAAACUGGAAACUACCUACAACAUCCCAUACGAUCAUCUGCCCACCCUCAUUUGUGGAGAUCUGAAUUCACUACCUGAAUCCGGCGUGUGUGAAUUUCUAUCCACCGGAAUGAUCAACUCUCACCAUCCGGAAUUAAAAGACUUCCGUGGUCAGAGCUGUCUGAAGGGUUUAAGCAGCGGAGGUCCAGUGGACGUCUGCACACAUCCCUUGCAGCUGCAGUCGGCUUACGAACCUGUCGAUAUCCCAUUUACGAAUUACACCGGUGACUUCAAGGGUGUGAUAGACUACGUUUAUUUCUCGCCGGCGUCUCUGCUCCGCCUGGGCGUUCUUGGUCCGUUGCAACCCGAGUGGUUUUUGGAAAACAAGAUCGUCGGUUGUCCUCAUCCAAGCAUCCCCUCUGACCGUAAGUCAACUCUGAUCACAUUUACGUUAGCUGAUUUUCUUGAAAUUUACGGUUGA